AUGUCCUUAUUGACUUUGUGUGAUGAUAGUCCAACCUAUCUAUCUGAUGAUCCAGGCCGCUGGGCCUGCGCAAACGUCGUUCUUGCACUCGGACACAUGUUACUUGUAAAAAGAGACAGCAACACCCAGAUCGAUGAUCAUUAUCAAAAGAGCUGGAUUUUCAUGAAGAAUGCCCUCCCUUUGGCGCAAAAUGACGAGGAUAUCAACAUUGAUAUUCCUUCUUGGCCAUCUGAGAAUCUGGCAUAUGCGACAUCAAAAGAGGGAAACACAGGAUUCAGUGCUUUCAAGUCAUACUGUGAACUCUCUGUCAUCAAGGGCAAAGUUCACAAACAUCUUUACUCGGUGACUAGGACCGAAAAGCCAACUUCUGAAUUCAAUAGCUCGGUUAUCAUGCUAGACCGGAAGCUUCAGAAGUGGAAGGAGAGCCUACCCAAAGAGUAUCGACCUAGCGUUAAAACUACACCCACUUUUCCAAAGUCAUUAGUGUCUGUCAUUCUUCUCAAUCUGCAUUUUUCAUAUUUUUAUUGCAUAAUGGCUGUGCAUCGCAUGGUCACUCUCCAGAACCUGGAUAUCAAUAUCCAGCUCGCCAAGUCAUAUUGUUACGGGUCUCUUCCUGAUGAUCUUGCUAUACUCUCUGGCUCACUCUGCCAGGAUGCCGCGAGGGCAUCAAUUCGAUUGAUUAAAUAUAUACCUAACAGCAAUAUGUCCAUCACUGGUAUCCUGCUUCACUAUCUUAUUGCAGCAUCCUCGUUCUUAUCUACAAGUAUCAUACAGAAUUCUCGCUUUGCAUCCCACGCGUGGGACAUAAUGCUUAUUACUCAGGUGGAAAAUUUCAUGUCUUCUCUGAUUUUGGACACGCCUAAUGAAGGCAUGAAAAGGCUUGUCGGGCACUGCGCCACAUAUCGCUCUCUAGCCGAAAAAGCUGCGCAGAAAAAUGUCAAAAAUUGA